CCCAUUCAAAACCCUUUCGUUACGCUUUCUCGACGCACAUAGCCCAUCAUGUCAAACCGUCAGCAGAGGGUGAUGGUUCAGCCCAUCAACGUGAUCUUCAAGAACUUGCAGCAGAGAACAAAAGUUGUGAUCUGGCUGUACGACAACAUCGAGAUGCGUAUCGAGGGGACUAUCAUUGGUUUCGAUGAGUUCAUGAACGUUGUGAUAGACGAUGCGGCGGAAGUGUAUGUGAAGGACGCGAAGCCCAGGAGAGAACUCGGCCGCAUUCUGCUAAAAGGUGACAACAUCACGCUCAUCCAGCAAGUGGUUUGAGCAGGAGGUCCUUUCUUGUACUGUCUAAAAGUGGCGUCUUGCGCACCUGUUGUACGUUCCUUGCUGUGAUAUUACUCUUGACGCCACGCUAUCGAUUGCACCCUGGAUCCAC